AUGCCCUCUCGCUUCAGGAAUGCGUUGAACAUUGUGGUCACCACGCUUUUUGCAGCGGUGGUCCUCUUCACCGUCCUGCUAGCCUAUGUGACGGGCUACCAGUUCAUCCAGACUGAGCAGCACCACCUGUCCUUUGGCCUCUAUGGUGCCUUCCUCUCCCUCCAUCUUCUCCUCCAAAGCCUGUUUGCCUACCUGGAACAUCGGCGAAUGAAGGCCCCCACCCGUCCUCAACACUUACGUCGCUCUGUGGCGCUCUGUAUCGCCGCCUACCAGGAGGACCCAGACUAUUUGAGGAAGUGUUUGCGCAGUAUCAGACGGAUGUCUUUCCCUGGACUUAAAGUUGUGCUGGUGGUGGAUGGGAACCGGCCAGAGGACCGUUACAUGAUGGACAUUUUCCAGGAGGUCAUGGGCGGGGCUGACCAGGCUGGCUGCAUGGUUUGGAAGGGAAACUAUCACAGUGACGGGAGCGGAGGAGGAAAUGUCGGAGGGAGGAGUACGGUUCACAUGGAGGAGACAGCGCGGGUGACUCGGCUGGUCAGAGGCUGUCGCUAUUCCUGCGUCAUGCAGGAGUGGGGAGGGAAGAGGGAGGUGAUGUACACAGCCUUUAAAGCACUGGGGGACACUGUGGAUUAUGUACAGGUAUGUGAUUCAGACACCGUUCUGGAUCCAGCAUGUACAAUAGAGAUGCUGAAGAUCCUUGAGGAUGACCCAACAGUAGGAGGCGUUGGUGGAGAUGUGCAGAUCCUCAACAAGUACGACUCGUGGAUCUCCUUCCUCAGCAGUGUCCGCUACUGGAUGGCCUUCAACAUUGAGCGUGCCUGCCAGUCCUACUUCGGAUGUGUCCAGUGUAUCAGCGGUCCUCUGGGGAUGUACAGGAACUCCCUUCUUCAGCGUUUCCUGGAGGCGUGGUACCAUCAGACUUUCCUGGGCUCCAAGUGCAGCUUCGGCGAUGACCGCCAUUUAACCAACCGCGUGCUCAGCUUUGGCUACAAGACCAAAUACACAGCGCGAUCGCAGUGCCAGACUGAAACGCCAACCCAGUACUUACGGUGGUUGAACCAGCAAACACGUUGGAGUAAGUCCUACUUCCGUGAGUGGCUCUAUAACGCUCUGUGGUUUCACAAACACAGCCUAUGGAUGACGUACGAGUCGGUCGUCACCGGCUUCUUCCCGUUUUUCUUGGUCGCCACAGUCAUCCAUUUGUUCUACCGUGGAAGGCUGUGGAACAUCUUGCUCUUCUUGCUGACCGUUCAGCUGGUCGGGAUGCUGAAAGCCACCUACGCCUGUUUCUUGCGUGGUAGCCUGAUCAUGAUCUUCAUGUCGCUGUACUCUCUGCUCUAUAUGUCGAGCUUACUUCCUGCUAAAAUAUUCGCCUUGCUCACAAUCAACAAAGCCGGAUGGGGCACUUCAGGUCGGAGGAAGAUUGUCGUCAACCUAAUCGGUGCAGUUCCGGUCACAGUGUGGACGAUGGUGCUGCUUGGAGGCGUGGUGUAUACCAUUUAUUGUGAAACACAACAUCCAUUUAGUCAAUCUGAAAAGGCAUUGUUGAUAGCGGGGACGAUACUGUACGGCUGCUACUGGAUCAUCUUGCUGGUGCUUUACCUCGCAAUUGUAGCCAAACGCUGCAACAAGAGAGAGGAACAGUACCACCUGCCGUAUGCCGAGGCAUAAAGCUGCACCACGGGUUAAUCGCAAUGGAGGCCAACUGCUGUAUGAGACCUCUGAGAACUGCUGAAGCGCCUUAAGCUAAUGCGGCCAUGUCUGCAUUGUUGGUGCUGAAAAAGUGAGGAUGUGAAAUCGGAGCAGCAGGGAGCUGAUCCGGUAUAACGUGGAUCCAUGAAGCUUUGGGAUCAAAUGGAACAUUAGUAUCCAUACACUGUAUAUGAACAUCAUGUAGUUCAUGGGUACAGGUUAGCUGUACAACCACAACAAAAGAGUCGGGUUUGGUGCUUGUGAUGUAAAACAGGGAAUGAAUCCAAUGCAAACGAGUGUAAGCAUGAUCAUUUCAAUUCCGUUUACAGUAGAUUGCUGCGUAUUUGCAGUUUGCAGCUUCUCUUAUUGAAAUUGUAAAUAAUUCACUUUUUUUAAUGGCAACUUAAAUAGAGGGCUGCACAGUGGAAAAGUGGUUAGCGCGGAGACCUCACAGCUAGGAGACCCGAGUUCAAUCCCACCCUCGGCCAUCUCUGUGUGGAGUUUGCAUGUUCUCCCCCGUGCAUGAGUGGGUUUUUUCCGGUUAUUCCGGUUUCCUAUUCC